GCUAAUACCAAAUAAAUAAUCGAUGAAAAGUAAUCAACAAAUCAGUACGAAACUAGUAGCCAAUAGAAGAAGGCCAAAAUGUAUAAAACCAUAUUGGUGUUUUGUUUGGCCCUUUGUUAUGUUUUCGCCAAGAACGAAAUUUAUGAUGGUCACGCCCUCUACCAAAUCGAUCUGCAAACUGAAGAGCAAGGAUCUUUCCUAGUAGACUUGGAGCAUCGGUUCAACCUUGACGUCUGGGCCCACGGUGGUCAGGGUACCCCCGCGACUGUUUUGGUACCGAAAGCCGCUCGAUCUUUGGUACAAGAUGGUUUGGAUGCUGCUGGAAUCCGCUAUAAACUUGCUGUAGAAAAUGUUAAAGAGGAGUUGGACUUGGAAGAGAAACUGUUAUCAGAAGCGGCAGGUAAAAGCAACAUUACUAGGAGCAGUAGACUUGGCCUAUCCUUCGAUGCUAUCCACCGAUAUGCUGCUGUUGAUGCUUACCUAGUCGAGCUUGCCAACAGGUUUCCAAAUCUCGUCACAGUGGUGUCUGCUGGAAGGAGUUUUGAAGGUCGUGAUAUUAAAUAUUUGAAAAUCUCCACAACAAACUUCCAGGAUAGAAGCAAACCCAUAGUGUAUAUGCAAUCUCUACUCCAUGCCCGCGAAUGGGUCACCCUGCCUGCCACCUUAUACGCCAUUGAGAAACUGGUGAUCGAUGUCCAGGAGCAGGAUUUACUGCAUAACAUUGACUGGAUCAUCCUGCCUAUUGCCAACCCCGAUGGAUAUGAAUUCACCCACACGAGCAGUCGUUACUGGCGCAAAAACCGUGCAACCGGCUUCAUGGUCGGAAACAUGUGCGCUGGUGUUGAUCUGAACCGUAAUUUUGGCCACCAAUGGUCUCAAGCAUCCAGUGCCUCCGUAUGCUCAGAAACUUUCCACGGCAGCAGCGCCUUCUCCGAACCUGAAGCUGCCAUCAUCAGGGACAUCACCUUAGCAUACAGUGACAGGAUAGAACUGUUCUUAGACAUCCACAGUUUCGGAAGCUGGAUGCUCUAUGGGUACGGCGAUGGUGUCCUACCCCCGAAUGGAUUAAUCAUCCAUUUGGUCGGUGUCAGGAUGGCUGAAGCUAUUGACGCUGUCAAAUGGCCUUCGAAUAGGAACUACGUAGUCGGAAACACUGCCUUACUCUUAUAUCCUGCUUCAGGAACAACUUCAGAUUACGCCCAGAGUCUUGGAAUCCCUCUGGCUUAUACUUAUGAGCUGCCUGCUUAUAGAAAUAAUUAUAAUACCGUGAGUGGUUUUCUGGUCGAUCCUGAUUUCAUCGAGCAGGCUGGGUUUGAGACUUGGCAGGGAAUCAAGGCAGGUGCCAGAUAUGCUGCUGACAAUUAUAGGGCUAGGUAUAAGGAGUAAUCUAUGUAAAAUAAAUCAUGAAACCAUUAUUUUUCUUUAUUUCUCUAAUCGAUUAUGCCACAACCGCUUUACUCAAAGAUUUUAAUUCCUAAAUAAG